CCAGUCGACGAAAUCUCGCCGUGGGAACCCCCGCCAGCCAAGGUCACGGAUAUGCUCAUCAAGGAGACCUCCCUAAGCUGGCCAGGACUGCCGGCCGCGUUACCGUCACCGGCCUCGCCGUCCGCGGUAAUCGUUUCGCCGGAAACGCUGUCUAGACACAGCAGCAGCUCACCCUCGCGCACCCAUCGGCCACCCCAGUUCGCCUUGGCUCUACCAUGCUCCUCGCAGCCGAUUUCCGCGGUCUGCUACCCGGCUCCGACCUUCCUCGACGUCGCCGAGGACCGAAAGUGGAAGAAACUCGGAUGCGACGCUCUAGCGACGACGUUCAGCGCCCUGUACGGAAAGCUGUUGGUCGUCAUGGGAAUCGCAUUUCCAAUGGCGGAAGUAAUAUCCACCUACAUCCCGCCGUCGUUCUACGAGGGAUUCUACCUGUACCUAUAUUUCGGCAGCAUGAUCUUCCUCGUGUACACGUACGCCACGCUGUUGCGCGACAGCAAGCCGAAGUCAAGAAGCUCCGCCAUUUGUUGUUUCACGAAGAAGCGAAAGGACGUGUGCGACCUGGACUCGUCGAGAUCGUCGAGCGGCGCCGGCGGCGACAGCGACGCGGUCGACGCCGCUUGUCCGCACGUGUCCGCCAUAAGGCCGGCGCAACACUACGGCAGCUUUUACCUGAGAAUGGGCGCCGUGGCGUUCGGGAUCGGCUCGAUGAUAUACUCAGGCCUCGAGUUCGGCCAGUACUUCGAGCUGGAACAGAACACCAAGUGCCACAACAUCAUGAUGGCGUUGACGCCCGCCACCAGGAUGGCGUUCAUCUUCAUCCAGAUGUACUUUAUAUUUCUGAACAACGAGCAAAUGAAAGUUUAUCGCCAUCGGGUGGUUGCGCGCUUCGGGCUGAUGCACAUGAUUGGCACGAAUCUGUCUGUCUGGCUGAACGUCCUCGUCCAGGAAACGAAACACGAGAUACUGACGUUUUACAACCCGGAGAACAACUCGUUAAGAAUCUCUCACAGAUUAGGUUCGAAGGGUAAUCUCCAUCUCGGAGGGCAAAGUCACUACCACCACGGGGAACACCUGAGGCUCCCGCGAGGCCUGAAGGGUCCUCAUCACAUGUUCGAGUGUAGAAGAACAAACAUAAUGGGCUCGUUAGUUCAGGACGCGAGCCCGUUUCUCUUCCCCUGUACGAUCGAGUACAGUUUAAUCUGCGCGGCGAUACUGUACGUGAUGUGGAAGAACAUAUCGAAAGCAGCGUUCUCACAACCGAAGACACCAUUGGGAUCCAGGCACCACGCGCACGCUUACAGAAGGUCGCCUCACCACUACAGCGUGGACUGUGCCCGUGCCCACAAGGGUCUAUUCGUGGGCAUCCUGAUCCUGGUGCUGACCAUCAUCUCGCUGAUCCUGUUCUUCGUUCUGAUAUCCCGUCCGGAACUGGUCAGCUUCGCUGUGACCGAGGUGAACGUCUGCGAGCUGACCCUGUACGGGAUGUCGACGAUGGCCACGCUGAUAGGGAUGUUCCAGAUGCGGAAGCUCCGCUACGACGGCACCAGGAACCUGGAGCUGGACAACAUACUGCUGGUCGCGGCGCAGACAGGAAUGUUCAUAUACUCGACGUUCACGAUCAUCGGUGCCCAGUUCACAUUGGCCAAGCAUACGGUCCUGGUGUUGGUCACAGCGUUGGCGAGCGUUGUGCAGACCACCUUCCAGACGAUCUUCAUUCUAGAUGCCUCGAGACGAUCGGUCGCUACCGCGAAACAAACCAGACGGAAACCCGGUCGUGAGAUCGUCACGUUUCUGUUGGUGACGAAUCUAGCGAUGUGGGCGAUCAACACGCUCGAGAAAUCCAGAGCGGAGUCGCAUCCCGUUCAGUUGCACUUCUACGGUCUUUGGGCCUGGACGAUCAUCACCCACGUCUCGAUGCCGUUGGCGAUAUUCUACAGGUUCCACAGUACCGUGUGCCUCUGCGAGGUAUGGAAACGGGCGUACAAAGUGAAGCCUACCUACAUGUGACGCAAGGGGUACUGCGAAGCCGUGUGCAACAACACCGCGGCUCCACAGAGACCGAGAACCCUGCCGGCCAAGCUGGACGCCAUUGUGGAGAACGAUCCCAUUUACUUCAUGUAAUCGAUUGGGGGAAAGGAGACAAACACACGCACACACAAC